AUGGCAUUGUCUGGGUCCAAGAAGGUCCGGAGUUCUCCAGGCUCCGGCAAGAUCCCAAGGACUGUCGACUGGGAUUCCUAUGCUACCACAAUGAGGACUGCAUUCACACCCAAGACAGCACAAGUACCCAGUUUAGCUCGAAAAAAAUGUCUGAGAAGUUCAAAAUAUACAUAUUCACCUGGUGACCCUGUACAUAACCGGACACUGUACAAUGAUGAGUAUGUUUGGAAACCAUAUUCUAAAGAAGCUUCGUACAGACCUAUAAUGUCAAGAGGAGCUGUAUACUACAAUAUUCAGCCCAGUAAAAACUUCUUUAUCUGGACACCACCCAUAAAAGAAGUAAAAGAGAAUUAUGACCCUUGGAAAGACGAUCCUUCUGCAGAAAAGGUUAAGAAGGCAGUGACAAAUCUGUUUACUUCCAUCAAUAAGAAAGAUUUUAAAAGCAGAGAGCAAGCUCAGGAGAUUAAGGAAAAUUAUCAGAUGACUUCACAGAAAGAAACAUUAGUUCCCCAGCGUGCAGAUACUGAAUUCCGGCAAAAUUACAAAAUUCCUGUUAGAGUUACAGAGCUUAGGGAUUUUGCCUUUAACUAUGGAUACUGUUCAAAGCUGCCAGCUGCUCAGGGUAUAGUGCCUGCUGUGCUGCUCAGUCAAGUAAGUGACCAGCGGUGCAGAAAGUAUCAGUCUAUAUACCAAAGUGAUUAUGGGAAAUCGCCUAGCUUUAUAACAGUGUUGAACUCAUUCCCUCCUGCUCAAGUCUACAGUUACCUUCAGAGUGUUUCCCAAAAAUGUUUUGCUGCACCAAUGACAAUUGCUAACAGUGAGCAAAGUUCCACAGAUCUGCUCUGUAUUAUUAAAACUGUAUGA